CAGCAAAUCUGAUCUGGAGUGAUUGUGCUGUGCAGCAAGAGAAGAUUGCUGAGCUGCAGAACUAUCAGAGAAUCAACCAUUUUCCAGGAAUGGGAGAGAUAUGCAGAAAGGAUUUUCUGGCAAGAAACAUGACUAAAACACAUAACAUGUAGAAUGUAUGAAACUAUUAUGAUGCAAAUACUGUGUGCAUUGGUGUCGUGUCUCCAUGUCCUACAUGUGGACUAGAGCUCCCCUGUGUCAGUGGUGCUGCACAAGCACUUUUCUGUGCCCCUCUGAGACUGAAAGGAAAAACAGAGACAGCACAUAGAGGCAAACAGCUGUUUGGAGAAGUCUUGGAAACAGCCAGUCAGCUUGGUACACAGUGUAUUGCUGCAGUUCUGUGAUAGUUUGUAAAACAUAUGGAAAACGGACAAAAAGCUCUUGUUUUCAUGCACUCAUUCUUUCAAAUACAGCCUGAUGAUACCUCUUUCAACCUACUGAAUUCUGAGUUCAGAACACAGUUUAAAGUUACUCAUUGCUGAGAUGGCACAUACAGAUAAGAUGGGAAUAAUUUCUCUUACACCAUAACACUGGCUCAAACAUUUGUGUUGUGACUUCACUUAAUAUCAGUAGAUAUAGCAGGGCUUAAUCAGUUGGGUUUUUUUUUCAAUACUGGCCCUCACAACUCAAUACUUAGUAUUCAUACUUUAUAAAAAUCAAAGUGAUAUGCCUUGAGAUUGCUGGUGAAAUCCUAAGUCACUUGGGAUACGUGGUUGAGCAGGCUCUUUCCUGUAGAAUGCAGGAUUUUGUUUCCUACACCUCUUGUUCUGUCUUAAAAUUUGGAUGUGUAGAAACACUAAUUCUCUUGUCUUGUUUAGUGCUGCAUGCCAUCUUUUCUAUUCCCAUUACUGACUGCUGGUUACUAUCAUUGAGAGAUAAUGAAACUAUAUUGAGAAUUGGUAGAGUGUACUUUUUUUUCUUUUACUUCCAAGUUUGUUGCUGUACUGAAUUCCGUAAACAGAGGAGAAGGUGCACAGGAUGAUUGGGAAAGGGCAUGGAUCCAUCUAUGCAAUAUUGUCUUUUCCAGCACCUUUGUUGAUUAUACUUAAAAGGUUCAUUAACUGAUCAUGGGCCAAGAAUCAUUCUCAUCCAUAUAUAUCCACUAACUUUUCAUAUGUGAAAAGUCAGAGGAUUUUGAAAUUUAGGCAGUGGAAUCUGUGUUAUUAGACUGAAGGUUGUGCCUUUAGUGAGCUAUGUUUUGUUCCAACACCAUUGAUUCUUUUGUACAGAAAGCGCUCAGAUCAAGAGCACAGUCUGACCACAUUUGUGAGCUAAAAUAGUACUCAGAAGAACAAUAAUUUGCUGUUUAUUUCUCCUGAUAAGCACAGCAAAAGCUAAAGGAUAGAGGAGCACAGUGAAAAAGUGGUUACUCAUAGUAGUGGACAGCCCAUGUGCUGAAAAAUAGGGCUAUUGUAAUGGGAUAGGCCUUGAUUCCACAGGCUACUUAAUGAUGUUCCUAAGCCCUUUCUGAAUGGGGCCUUGCAGGGAAAGAACAGAGCUGAAUUCUUUUUUUGAAAGUUUUAGUGAGCCUCAGAACUUAUAAACAAUGCUGAAGUAUUCCACUUCAUAAUAUUAAGUGUAAUGUACCCAGUUCAGUUAUGCAUUAAAAAGAUAAGGCAUAUGGAACUGAUAUACUUUCAGUCACAAAACAGUAUCAAUAUAUUGGAAUAGUUUGAAGCUUUAUUCAGUGAGUAGGGUGUGUGUAUAUUGAAACCCUUGAGUAAGUUAAAUGGCAGGUCUCUAGCAUGUAACAGGAUGCAUAUGAUAAAUAAUCUGGAGAGGGAUUUAAACUAACACAGAAAUUGCUUUUUGCCUAAAAAUAGGAUAAUUUCUGCCUAGAUAAGGUACUCAGUUGGCAAAGUAAUAACAUUUGUAAAGACAGAGCAGAUGGAGAGUUGUUUAACAAUAUGAAUGAAUCAGGAAUUCAAAUAUCUACUUCUGUUUUCAAAAAGUUUUCCUGAAUAUUUAGUGGCUUUCAUUGAAGUAGAUUUGUGAGAACAAUAGUUACAAUGAAGCUGCAGAAGCACUGAACCUCAUGCAGUUCUGCUGUAGCUAUUGUGGUUUCUGCACAGUGUUUGUUGGGUAGUUGGCUACACAGUUUGGUGACAGUGUAUCCAUUAUACCAGUGGGGCUUGGCUACAGUCCUAGUCCUACACAUGUGGCUGAAAAAAAGCUCUGUUUUUCCCAUUAGUAUUUUAGCCACUUAAAGAAAAAGUAUCUGCCCAAGAGUAUUACGUAAGCUCAUAGUAGAAAAGAAAAUUAGAAAUGAUAUUUCCUCUUUUACACAUUAGUUAUGCUGAUGAUAUUAGUUUUCAGUACAAAAGGAGAAAUAUACCUAAAUCUGUAUUUAAUUAAAAAAUAUUAAGCUUCACCAUAGUGGCAUUAAAAAAAAAAAAUCAAAGUUGGGGAACAUCCUGUAUCACUUAAUUUCUUUUUAAACUUCCAAUUCUUUGCUCUUGGUCUGUGGAUAUUUGUAUUUGGAUGUGUCCACUCUAUGCUACAGAGUAGUUGUGAGUUACCUGAACUAAUUUUGUCCGAGGUUCUGUAUGAAGGAAGUUUCAGGUACUCUGAGUACAUGAAACAACCUAGCUGCACCAGUAUGAAACUCAACAAAGACUAAAUUUAUCCUUGGGAACUAUGACACCAGUGUACAACCUCCAAGUCCCCAUUGCUGCUGUGCCUUGGCUGCUAACCAGGGUUAAAGCAGCCCGUGUGUACCUCAGCCGUACUGACAGCACGUGUGGGUGCAUCUUCUUGUCUGCCACAAACACAGCUCUGGGUGAUGGACACUUCUACUACCUGAAUUCCUUACCAUUCUUCUUCUUCCAUUUUUCUUCACAAAUAAUGGAGAAUGAUCAAGAGUCAGCCUCAGGAGUACAGUUUCAUUCCUCGAACGUGGAUCUUUCCUGCAGAAUACACACAGUUUCAGAACUAUGUAAAAGAAUUGAAGAAGAAACGUAGACAGAAAACUUUCAUAGUCAAACCAGCUAAUGGUGCAAUGGGACAUGGGAUCUCUUUAAUAAGGAAUGGAGAAAAGUUACAAGCUCAGGAUCACUUAAUUGUUCAGGAAUAUCUUGACAAACCAUUUCUUAUGGAAGGCUACAAGUUUGAUUUACGUGUGUAUAUUCUUGUAACCUCCUGUGAUCCAUUAAAAAUAUUUUUAUAUCAUGAUGGACUGGUGAGAAUGGGCACGGAAAAGUAUCACCCCCCCAGCGACUCAAAUUUGAGUCAAUUGUAUAUGCAUCUGACUAACUACUCUGUCAAUAAACAUAAUGAACACUUUGAACGGGAUGAAACAGAAGACAAAGGAAGCAAACGCUCCAUCAAAUGGUUUACUGAGUUUCUAGAAACAAAUAAUCUUGAUGUCUCCAAAUUCUGGAGUGAUAUUUCAGAGCUGGUGGUGAAGACUCUGAUAGUUGCAGAGCCACAUGUGCUUCAUGCUUAUCGCAUGUGCAGGCCAGGGCAAGCACCAGGAAGUGACAGUGUCUGCUUUGAAGUCCUGGGAUUUGAUAUUCUGCUGGACAGAAAACUAAAACCAUGGCUCCUAGAGAUUAAUCGUGCCCCAAGCUUUGGAACAGAUCAAAAAAUAGACUAUGAUGUAAAAAAAGGUGUUCUGCUAAAUGCAUUAAAGCUUCUCAACAUACGGACAAGUGAUAAAAGGAAAAAUUUAGCCCAGCAGAAGGCUGAGGCUCAAAAAAGACUGUAUGGUCAAGGGUCAGUGAAAAAACUUUUGCCAGGUUCCUCAGACUGGGAGAAGCAGCGCCACACACUGGAAAGGAGAAAACAAGAACUGAAGGAAAGACUUGCACAAGUACGUAAACAGAUUUCCAAAGAGGAGCAUGAAAAUAGACACAUGGGGAAUUACAGGCGAAUUUACCCUCCUGAUGAUAAGACAUUACUUGAAAAGUAUGAGAGUUUGUUAGCCACCGCUUUCCAGACGUUUCUUGCUGGAAGAGCAGCUUCACUUCAGCGGGAAAUGAAUAACCCCUUAAAAAGAAUGAAGGAGGAGGACAUUUUGGAUCUUCUGGAGCAGUGUGAAAUAGAUGACGAAAAGCUAACGGGAAAAUGCAGCAGGCAGCGAGGACCUAAGCCCUUGUGUUCAAUGCCAGAAAGUGCACAUUCCUUAAGGAAACCUAAGAACUACAGCAGUGACAGUAGCUGUGAUAGUGGCAGCAGUGUGUCAGAAUCAGGAGAAGAAACUGAAAAGGAAGAUCACAAUGAAAAAAAAGAGAAAAAAGUUUCAUAUGAUGUUGAAGAAAAUAAGUACAAAUCUUUGGAACGAUCAGGUAGAAUGAACUGCAAACCUUCAAAUAAAAAUAUAAAGUCUCCAUCAUCUUCGUCCCCCACACCAUCCACAGGUCCAAUAAGGCGUUCUGUGAGCUGCCCUCGUUCCAUAUCAAUCCUCACUAUGCAGUCCCAGGGAGCUGAGCAGCGCCCCUUUUCAGCCAAAGCAUCUCUCCAAAUGCAGAGAACAGCCUCAGUGAACAGGUCUCACUCUUUAAGUCGUAGCCCAUCUUCAGCCAGAUUCUCUCAGACAGCCACCUUGGGAACUAUGAACUCUUCAGGGUCAGCUAAUAGAAUUGGAAAGACAUUAAGAUUGUGUCUUCACAACAACGUGUUAAAGAGUGAGUCUUUGCUGCAACAGAAAACAAAAGAGCAAGAAGUUGCUUUGACAAAAGAGACUCUUCUCCGUAUCAAUGACUUGAGAGUAAGGUUCCCAGGAAAAACAAAUGAAGAAUCUGAAUUAAUUAUAGAAGAUAUUAUGGAUAAUUGGAAGUAUCAUAAAACAAAAGUGUCAUCCUAUUGGUUGGUAAAACUGGAUUCAGCAAAGCAACGAAAAGUUUUGGAUAUAGUCAGGACAAGUGUCCGUGCAGUUCUACAGCAUGUCUGGAAAGCUCCAGACAUUGAAAAUUUACAUCUCUACCGUCUUUUUAACCGUGUAUUUAAUCGCUUACUUUGGAGCCAUGGUCAAGGCCUAUGGAACUGUUUCUGUAAUUCAGGGAGCUCUUGGGAAACCAUAUUCAGUAAAGGCUCAGAGGCGCUGACUCCGGAGCAGCUCCAGUGUUGCCAGCGAAUAGUACAGCUUUGUAAACACUGCCUGCUGGUAGUUUACAAACAUUCAUCAGACUCAAGAGGAUCCCCAACUGGGAUGAGUCACCACUGGGAUGAUACAAGGUGUUUAUUGCCAAGACCUUCACUGUUCAUCCUGAAAUCAUCCUCAUCCAAACUUAGCUGCAGUCCAUCUGGAACGCCUCGCCCUAACAUUUUGUUCACACACAGAUACAGUCACUUGUGAAGUAAAAGGAAAUUGCUGUUUGUAAAUAAUAGCAUUCAACUUCUUUUUUUUUAACUUGUGAUGGAGCUAAACAUAAGCGCUGUUAUAUAUUUCCUACCAUCAUAUUAUAAUAAAAUUUAGCUGAAAACCUACUGUAAAAGCAUAGCUUUUCUGGGAACAUAAUAAACCUUGUUAAGUUGUUUACAUACACAUGUGAAUGUGUAGAUCUUGCUAGGUUUAUAAGUAACUCCUUCCUACUAGAAAUGUUAUUUUUGCUGCAGAAUAUAUAAAAUGGAAUUGUUCUUGAAGAUUCUAUUACAGUAUUAUAUUAUUUUGUAAGUACAAUACUUUGACUUGAAAAUUAUUUAUUGUAAACUAUAUUAUUUAUUGUCUCAAAUGUCCUUUAACAAAGCAGUUAAUUAGAAAACUCUUGCAGAACAGUAAAACUGUAACAGUUAUCAAAAAUAAUCUGAUCAGUUCUUGGAUAUGUUUAAAAUAAACCCCAAAAGUCUGUAAGCCAAACCUAAAGCAGACAUAUUUUUAUCUCUCCUCUGAAAUGACAAGUUCUAUUUAAUACUGCUGUUUUUCUUAAAGGACAUGAUAUAGCAUCUUUUAGCCAAAGCAAAGGCAUCUAGUACACAAACAGUAAAAUAUCAGUUUAGGCAUUCACUUCCUAAUUGGAUUCUCGUAAUAAAAUGGAAGCCAAUGUUUGUUUCCAGGUUUUCAUUCACAUUACCUGUAUCCUGUGCCUUUAGGUUUCCUUUGGGAGCAAGCAGUCAUCCUCAGCUCCACACGCAUGCAUAGUGCAUAGUUUUUCUGUUACACUGCCUAAGUGGUAAAGCAGACAUUUUUAGGAAAUACUGCAGCUGUAAUGUAUUAUUUAAAACUUAAACUAAUUGGUUUGUUGUAGUUUUUAGCAUGCAAUCCAGUACCUACUGUAGAAUGUAUCUUUGCAAUGGACAGUAUUUUCUAGAUUGCUGACACCUUUAAAUGUUGGAAAUCUAAUUCACUAAAAGCUCUCAUUCAGAUCUAGAUUCCUGAAGCUGGCUGAACAGCACAAAACCAAAAUGAGCCAGAGCAGGAACCUAGUAUUUACAGGAUUUGUAGCCUGAAAACAUCAUUUGGGUUUUGAUACAUACAGCCAUUCGUCCCACUCAGCAUUGUGCCAUGUGAGCCUUAUUCAUUAGAGAAAUAAUUAUUAAAGAAAUCAGUUAUUCUAGAUUUAAAAAUAAUUUUUUUGUUUGAGUAAAGAACAGAGUAGUUAUUAUUUACCAAAGACUUGUGUACUUAUGAAUCAUUUAACCCUGAAGCGUGUUGGUAAAUUAUCAAUGUAUUUCAGGUAUACUUUAAAAAUAAUUUGGGGGCUAAUUAUCCUCAGGAGCAAGUAUGUUAGUGUUUUUUGAUAUCCAGCAAUUUAAAACAAAUUUAAGAGACUUAAGAGAUUUGAGAUUGAAGUUGUAUGGAAAUUAUUUUUUAAGAAGUUUUAGUCAUAGGAUAUAUAAAAACUGGGAAUUUGGUUGAGAUUUUUGAUGCCUGUGCUGUAGUGCCUCAGCUCUAGAACUGCAGAAUAUAUAACAAGAAUAUAUAACAAGAAUAUUUGUAAACAAAUAAAAAAACCCUCUUGAGAUUAUCAGAUCAAAGCAGUCUUUUGGUCUGGUAAAGUCUUUUUAAUUUUUGUGGUAAUAUUAGUUCAGUAAUAUAGUAUGUUCACAUUAACUGUAUAUCUCUUUUGGUCCAUACAGUGACUAUUAAAGCAUACUCUGGUUACCUGUAACACCUAAUAAAAGCUGUAAAUUUUCUCUUCUUGGAGAAGGCUUCCAUUGUAUUCUACUUUUGGCCAUAAGGAUAAGAUCAGCUUCCAGCUUAGCUUGCCAGACUCUAACAGACUUUAGGAUGGAAGGUUCACAUGUCUUUAUUUUUUCCUUUUAUUUUUUUCUAAACUUUACUAUAUGAUUUCUAUUUUCAAAUGCCAGUGUUGGCAUUUGAACAGGUCAAUUUGUACAGGUCAGUCUGUACAGAAUACUCUGCCAAAAGAAAGAGGGCUACUAACCAUACCUAUGGACAAAUCUAGGAAAAAAUUUCAUUUAGCAUGUACAAAAGUGGACCAGAUGGUGGUUUACGUCUGACACUACAAUAUAUUUGUAUUUCUGACAACCUUUCCUAAAGUGGUCAUGUGUUCCUAAUAUAAUGUGUGAAUCAAUACCUUCAAUAAACAUCAUGCUACA